AUGCUCAAGGUCGACACAAUCAGGGAGGCUGAGGAAACUCUCGAAAGAUUUGUGCUGCAGAUGAUUCAGUCCAACAAGCGCGUGGUCACGCUUUGGCUACGCGGCGUGACGUUUCAUGACAAGGGCAUGUAUCUUGUUUCAGUGCUUCUUACAGUGCUGGUCUUGUACAGUUACACUUUCGUCCCCAAUUCGCUGGGUGCGAUGGCACUCACGGGAAUAUACUACGUUGUUCUGAGGACAAACUGGUCAAGAAGUGAGCAAAUCAUGAGGCUUUUUGGGGUCAAUGAUGGGUGCGAGAUAACUGACGACGAUAUUAAGCGUCAUCAUAUGCUGGCUGCAAGCGUUGGUAGGCGCUUUGGGAAAGCUUUCAAACGCGUUGUUGAUGCGUACAGGGCAUACUCUAAGUUUGGUCUUAAUGCUGACAUCGGGAAGACAUAUCCUAUUUUUAUCUUGUUAGGAAGCAGUCUGUUCACGUUUUACUUUACUUCGGUUUACCAUAUGGUUCUCUUUUUAUCUGUUUGUACUUAUCUCUGGGGUCCCAUUAGCUUUUUACUUAAGGCCAGGCGCAAAACUAAUUGA